AUGAGCGCCCUCGCGCUGUACGUGGACGCGCCGGUCGCGGAUCGGGAAGACGGCGCGUACGACGGCGGGCGGCGGGGCGAGAUCUUUCCCGAGUGGCUCCACAACGUCGCGCGGGUCCCGCUCUUUGGCGUGGCGACGCUCAUUUCGAAAGUGUGUCUGCAGUUGCUGAACCGGACAAAGGUGGAGGGCGUGUCGCAUCUCGUGGAGCAGCUGGAGACGCGUCCGAAGGGAACCGCUGUGAUUACGGUGUCGAACCACUCGGCGACGGUGGACGAUCCAGCUGUGCUUGCCAAUAUGAUGCCGUGGAAGUACGCGUGGCCGUGGAAAGGACGCUGGAGCUUGGCGAGCCAGGAGUACUGCUAUGAGAAGGGCAAAGUGGUGUCAGCCGUGUUCUUUGGUGCCAAGACACUGCCAGUGCACCGCGGCGCUGGGGUUGACCACGAGAUGAUCCACGCAAUCUUUGACAAGGUGGAAGAAGGUGCGUGGGUCCACAUUUUUCCCGAAGGAAAGAUCGUGCAGCACGAAGAGCUCGGCGGUCGACCAAGUCCGCGUCGCGAGGAGAUUGGACGGCUGAAGUGGGGCGUGGGUAAGCUCAUCGCACGUGCGACCACGCGGCCGAUUGUCGUGCCCGUGUAUCAUUACAACAUGGAGCAGCUCAUGCCGCAAGACGAGAACAAUUGCCUCAUCCGUGUCUUGCCGCGGACGAACCUAGAACUGGGCAUCAUCGUUGGCGAACCGCUGUCGUUCGACGACCUGUUUGCACAGUACGAGAACGACCGCGUUGUAGGGGCCGAUCCAUGGGCAACGCAAGAGCGUGAAAAGGCGCUCUACUCGGCCAUUACGCGGCGAAUAGAGACUGCUCUGCUCACGCUCGCUGAAAGGACCCCGCCAAGUGUUUAG